AUAGGCAUGUGAACGCCGUAUGAUUCCAGUAGCGCUUCCUGGAUAGCGCUGCAGAUGCUCUACAAAACGGUUUAUUUAGGUUUUUAUAACUAAUUUGCUUCUGUUGCCACAAUUAAAAUGCAGCUUAUAAUUUUGGUUUCGUUGUUCGCUGUCGGUGCAAUGGCGGGAAAGUACUCAAAAGAAAUGAAUGAAAAAAAUGCGUCUGAUAAAAGCAACAACCAGGUGGAAUUUAGGAUUGCCAAACUAAAUCAGGUUUGGGAAAAGGCGAUAAGGAUGCAGCUUGCACCGGUCCGUCUGUCAGAACUACACAGUGACUUGAAAAUCCAAGAAAAAGAUGAACUUCAAUGGAAAAAACUCAAAGCAGAAGGGAUGGACGAAGAUGGAGAGAGAGAAGCCAAGCUCAGGCGAAAUUUUAAUAUUAUUCUUGCAAAGUAUGGAAUGGAUGGGAAAAAAGACACCCGAACAUUGGACAGCAACAGACUGAAAGAUCAUGAAGUUAAAGUUGGAGACACAUUUGAUGACCCAAAGUUGGACAAGCUGUGGAAUAAGGCCAGAACUUCUGGAAAAUUCUCUGAUGAGGAACUCCAGACCUUACAUAGAGAAUUCCAGCAUCACAAAGACAAGAUCCAUGAGUAUAACAUUGUCAUGGACACUGUCAGCCGGACUGAAGAGAUCCAUAAGAACGUGAUCAGUCCUCUGGAGGGGGAUGUGAAGGAGAACGUUCUUCAUCAGAAACACACAGAUCUGAAGCAGAGAAUGAGGGAUCUAAACCAGGGCUUUGAGCGUCUCCGCAAGAUCACCCACGAGGGCUACACUGAUGACAGCGAAUUUAGGGAGCCACGAGUCAUUGAGCUGUGGGAGAUGGCAAAAAGAUCCAACCUCAGCGAAGAUGAACUUGAUUCUCUUAAAGAGGAACUCCGACACUUUGAAACAAAGGUGGAGAAGCACCAGCACUAUCAGGAGCAGCUGGAACUGUCUCAUCAGAAACUGAAGCAUGUGGAGGCUCUGGGAGAUGAGGAUCACAUUAUGAGAAACAAAGAGAAAUACAACACUCUGGCUGAGAAAGCACGGGAGAUGGGAUACAAGAUGAAGAAGCACUUGCAGGAUUUAACGAACAAGCUUUCCAAAAAUGGAUUACAACACAAUGAACUCUGAGCACUCUUUUCCUCAGCAUGGCAGCACUACAGUUAGUUAUGAUCACAUAUGGAGUGUUAUUCCACACUGAUUGGCUGGGGUUAUGAAGGUAAGGUGCACAGCAUUUCCACUGGAAAGUCAAACCAAUUAUUAAAUAAUGAGAUUUUUUUUUAUGGUACGGAGCAGUGAACAGUUCUGUGCAUUCUGUUCAUUAUCCAUGUUCUAUUUGUUGUGGCCAAAUUUGUAUGAAUUUCAUGAUACUUGCUAAAAAAUGAACUGAAACACGUGUAGCUUCCCACAAACAUGUGGGUGCAAUAGAACUUCACAACAAAACCACACAAGAAGGCUCGCAAAGUUUUCAAUGUAAACUUUUAAGCUUCCAUUUGAGCAAUCUCCUAAAGCUGAGCAUCUUAACAUUUAAAGAAAGGCUCAAUUGAACUCUGCCAUGAAAAAUGGUGCCAUCCCAAUGCAGGUUUGAUGUUAUAUCCAGAUAACCUCUGUUACGAGCUAAACCUGGCAGAUUGAGGACAAUAGAUGUGCUUUAAUGGAAAAAGCUGCAGUGAAAUGGAGAACCAGAAGCUAAGGCCAGGCACAAAAGUAAAGCAGGUCUUGAAUCAGCCGUUAUAUUUACCAAACAGCAUUGAGUGCAGAUAUUAUCAACAUGAUUGACAGCUUUGUCCAGAGUUAGACUUGAAUCAUCCUGACUGUUAGAUAUUUAAAGAUUUGUUACAAAAAUUCAAACUACAAACUGAUUCUAUUCUAUGACAAUGUAAGUACUCAAUCGACAGAAUUUUAUGAUUUUGUGUAGAACACAUGCUAUAAUCCAGUAUUGUAAUUCAUGAUCAGGAAUGUGUUGUCUGUUAAUAAUAGGAUCUCUUUUGUAUAAGUCUAUGUUCUGCUCAUGUCAUGUCAGUCGCACAUUUCAUAAUAAAACAAACUAACCAUUUUUU